UUUAAAAAAUAUUCCUCUUUUUUUUUAUUAUUUCAACAAUGAAUAUGCCAGUGAUUGAAGGUAUUGCCUGGACUGUGUAUGGUAUUAUUGCUACUGGCGUGUUUCUAUGCAGUGCAUUAUUUACGCGAUAUUUUCAAGACAAGUAUGAGUCCGAGUUCUUUGCAACGUUGAUCACCAUCUUGGCUCUUGGUCUUGUGUUUUCAACACUCGCUUUAUUGCCUGUUGAUAUUCUCCUUGUCUCUUCGACAGUAGAUCAGACGACAGGUAUCAAAAAAUCAUGGGCAACACCAGAAGUGAUCGAAAACAUGACAUUUAACAUGACUUUGGUGUAUUAUGUUUGUUAUGGGUUGAUUACUACCUUUAGCUUUGUCUUGAUCCCAUUUGCUUAUUUUUUUUAUGAAGAAUACGAUGAAGAAGAAACACUCAGUGACCGUAUUUUUGGAGCAUUGAAAUACACUUCUUUCUUUGUUGUCAUUUGUCUCUUGUUGUCCAUGUUUGGGCUCUUUUUGAAGCCUACAACAAAAGCACCCAAGAUUGAUCUUGAUUGGUUCAGGAAAUUACUGACAGAUAAUAGUAAUUGAUACAUUAGAAAAAAUAUAGAAAUUCAUGCUUCUCAUAGAUGGUGAAAAAGCACUUGCUUUUGUGAUUGCUUGUUUGAUCUUACUUGGUAUGCUUGUGUUUAUUGCUUAUACUGUAAGUUGA